GGCUUGAAAAAUGAAACGCCUCUUCCUCUGCUUCUACAGUCGCCAAUCACCAUAUCCAUCCGACCCAAUCGCAAAUGUUUGAAAUUUAGGAAUCCAAUCGCCUCUGUAUCGUCCGUUACAUUUAGCAGCUGUUCUUUUUUUUUUUUUCAGUAAUUGUAUUUAUUGUCUGCUAAAGUCGAAUUUUUUCUAUGUGCUAUUGUGGUAACUGAUGGCUUCAUUUCUACUCUUCCUUCGUUUUUCUGUUCACAGAUCUCGUCCGUUCAUUUUCUGAAUUUUUUUUUCCUUCUUUUCCUCGGGGGGUUUGAAUUGAUUUGUACGGAAAGUGUUCGCAAUGGGUGUUUUCAUGUUUUGGGAAUCGGUGAAGGGAUUUUCUGGGAUUUGAGACGUUGAGUUUCUUGUGAAUCUAGGUUUGCUUUUCGUGUUAUUGGUUGGCGAUGGUGUCUGGGAAUGACCCGGUGGAAUCGUUCUUCAACUCGGUUCAGGCGGUAAAAGAUGUGCUUUCGCCGCUGGAAUUGGGUGUGCGGAGAGCGGCGAAAGAUCUUGAGCAUCGUUGGUGGUCGAAGAAUGAGGUAAAUGAUGCUGAAUUGUUUGCAGAAUUGAGUGGUGUCGGUGGCGUUGGUGAUAGGAAUGGGAAGGUUCAGAGCUGCCGUGUGAAGAAAAAGAAUGGUCAGUGUGUGGUUACCGAGGAGAGAAAAAAAGGUUUGUGGAUUAGGAUUCCCAUUAAGAAUUUUUGGGGGAUGUUCUUGCCCAAUAGUGCAAAUGGGUAUAAGGAUGAGGUUUCGAGAAAAGGAUUAACAGAGAGGGAUUUGGGCAAAGAGGAUGAUGCGUCUUGUAUGAAUUGCUUGCAAUUUGCAGUAACUUGGUCUUUGUUGGUAAAUAAUUUCGUUCAAUCUUUUCCAAGUCAUUUUAAACCUGCUAAGAAGCGGUUUCAGAAAAUGGGUGAUGAAGAUGGGACUUGUUUGAAGUCGGGUUUACACCCCUCUAAGUUGAAGGGUUCUUGUGAAUUGAGGAAACAGGGAUUGAAUGAUCAGUUCAGUGCAAAAACUGGGAAUGAGGGUAUAACACGUAAAGAAGGUAAACAUGUGCAACUUGAAUGCUUGUUGGGUUUUGUUUUUCAUCAAUUGAGUCAAAAUUUUCUGAAGUUUGAUCAGGGUGUUGAAGAAACAGAACAGAAGGGUUGUGAUUCUUCUACUCCUGUGUCACCUAAAUUUGACCAUUUGAAGGCAAUAACAAGUAUUCUGGAAGGUAGAAAAGCAGAUGUUAAUGGGUUUUUGGGAAAUUUGAGCUUUGCAAGGGUGGGUGGAGUGGCAAGUAUUGUUGGAAUAACUUCAUCUGUUAAAGAACCUGGCACGGAUGGUGAUGCAACUGGAAACAGGGAAGAAGCUAGUGGCAGUUCACCGCAGAAGUUGGCAAAUGGUUUGCUUAACAUUCCUUUAUCAAAUGUUGAACGCCUAAGAUCCACAUUAUCCACUGUUUCAUUGACAGAACUGAUUGAGCUGGUACCUCAGUUAGGACGACCUUCUAAAGAUUAUCCUGACAAGAAGAAACUAUUCUCUGUCCAGGAUUUCUUCAGAUACACAGAAUCAGAAGGAAGGCGGUUCUUUGAAGAGCUGGAUAGAGAUGGUGAUGGUCAAGUAACAUUGGAAGAUCUUGAAGUUGCAAUGAGAAGCAGAAAACUGCCACGGAGAUAUGCAAGAGAGUUUAUGCGCCGAACUAGAAGCCACUUAUUUUCAAAAUCAUUUGGUUGGAAGCAGUUCUUGUCCUUCAUGGAACAGAAGGAACCCACCAUUCUUCGAGCUUAUACUACACUCUGUUUGAGCAAGUCUGGCACUCUGCAAAAGAGUCAAAUCUUGACAUCACUAAAAAGUGCCGGACUUCCUGCAAAUGAAGACAGUGCUGUUGCAAUGAUGCGAUUUCUAAAUGCAGACAUGGAAGGAUCAAUUUCUUAUGGUCACUUCCGGAAUUUUAUGCUUCUGCUACCAUCUGAUCGACUUCAAGAUGAUCCCAGGAGUAUAUGGUUUGAAGCUGCCACUGUUGUUGCUGUUGCACCGCCUGUGGAAAUAUCUGCUGGAAGUGUUCUGAGAUCUGCAUUGGCAGGGGGCCUUGCAUGUGCACUUUCUACCUCUUUACUGCAUCCUGUUGAUACGAUAAAGACUCGAGUACAAGCUUCAACACUCUCAUUCCCAGAAAUCAUUGCAAAGCUUCCAGAAAUUGGCGCCAAGGGAUUAUAUAGGGGUUCUGUCCCUGCAAUUCUUGGACAGUUUUCGAGCCAUGGCCUGCGAACUGGAAUUUUUGAAGCAAGCAAGCUUGUGUUGAUAAAUGUUGCUCCUACCCUUCCAGAGAUCCAGAUCCAAUCUUUAGCAUCAUUUUGUAGCACAUUCCUGGGGACAGCAGUGCGGAUCCCUUGUGAGGUAUUAAAGCAGCGGUUGCAGGCAGGCAUUUUUGACAACGUGGGAGAGGCACUUGUAGGUACCUGGCAACAAGAUGGUGUUAAGGGUUUCUUUCGUGGGACUGGUGCCACUCUUUGUAGGGAGGUUCCAUUCUAUGUUGCGGGCAUGGGGCUCUAUGCCGAGUCCAAAAAGGUUGUCCAUAAGCUUUUGGGGAGGGAACUGGAGCCAUGGGAAACAAUUGCAGUCGGGGCUUUAUCUGGUGGUCUGGCAGCCGUUGUCACAACACCUUUUGAUGUGAUGAAGACUAGGAUGAUGACUGCUACACAUGGGCGGACUGUGUCAAUGUCAAUGGUUGCCUUCUCUAUUCUUCGUCAUGAGGGACCCAUUGGCUUAUUUAAAGGAGCUGUACCCAGAUUCUUCUGGAUUGCUCCCCUGGGUGCCAUGAACUUUGCAGGAUAUGAGCUUGCAAGAAAGGCCAUGGAUAAAAAUGAGGACACGGGAAGCGAUCAAAUUUCUCAGAAGAAGUUGGCUUAGUUCUGGGUGAAGUUUAUCACCCUCUUUGGGUUUUGCAAUUUUCUUCCCUUUGGUGUACACUUGGAUGCUGCCGGAAAGUUUUGAGCAUUUUCCGAAUUUUGAACAGCAGCAUUUGCUUCAUUUCCUUCAAUUUCAUCUGUCGACGUCUCUGUCUUCCCAUUAAGACAAUUGUUAUUUUUUAUAUAUCGUAUACCUUCUGUACUUAUUUUGAACUGGUGGCAGUUGCACAUAUGUUGGUUUUGUUUUGUAUUUUGCUCACAAUUCUUGUUACAUUUUUGUACAUUUAUGUGCAGUUAAUCCUUUUGCCUUCUUGA